AAAAGAAGACAUCAACUUCCGGUUCCUGUGGUCAUGUUUACUGCAGCUGUGUGUGAAUGCUAGCUGUGAUGCUAACGAGCUCAGACCCGCUCCAAGCAGGUCAGCUAGAAAACUCCACCGUCCGACCGUCAGAAGCCAGGAUAUACCUUACCUUACCUCCAACUAGCCGGAACUAGCUAUCGUUAGCUUAACAACAAGCUGAGUGUGCCAUUAGCCAGCUAGCCCAGUGAGUGAGUGUCUAGUGAGUGUAACAGACUGGUCAUGGGGGGUGAAGAGAAGCGAUCAUACCGUGUCGGAGUGAAGCCGCCCACUGAUGCAUGAACAUAAAGACCCACCACGGAGGCAGCAGUCAAAGGGACUGGAAGGAGGACCAACUGCUCAGACCAGGACCAGAAGAAGGUCCGGACCAGACGCGACGAUGGGGAGCACGAUGGGACCGUCUCUACACUGGCUCCACGACGUGUUAGCUGUGACACUCCUCAAAGCCCGGCGGACUUUAUUUCAGGCUGGCAUCCUGUUUUGUGUCCUGGUUCUGCUACUGUGGGUGUCCAUCUUUCUCUAUGGAAGCUUCUAUUACUCCUACAUGCCCACCGUGAGCUUCUCCACCCCCGUGCACUUCUACUACACUUCUGAUUGUGAUGCCUCCGAGUCAGUACUUUGCUCAUUCCCCACAGCCAACAUCUCCUUCAUGAAGAAUGACAGGGACCAAGUGAUGGCUUAUGGUCAGCCUUAUCGAGUGUCUUUGGAGUUAGAGAUGCCAGAGUCUCCAGUCAAUGAACAGCUGGGUAUGUUCAUGGUCAAGAUGUCUUGUUACACCAAGGGUGGGAAGACUGUCUCAUCAGUGGGCCGAUCUACAAUGCUGCAUUACCGCUCCAGCCUUCUGCAGAGCCUCAGUACUUUACUGUUCUCUCCUUUCUUUCUGACUGGGAUGGCCGAGCAGAAGCAGCACAUCGAAGUUGAGCUCUUCGCAGACUAUAAGACGAAUGCUUAUCAACCCUCUGUCGGUGCAGUCAUUGAGAUCCAUUCCAGACGAGUGCAGAUCUACUCGUCUCAGCUCCGUGUCCACGCUUACUUCACUGGUAUACGAUAUGUUCUGUACAACUUCCCCUUGACAUCUGCAGUGAUCGGCGUGACCACCAACUUUGCCUUCCUCAGUGCCAUCGUGCUGUUCAGCUACCUGCAGUUCAUAUGGGGCGGGAUCUGGCCCCCAGACCAAGUGAGAGUCAGGGUCAUGAUGGGAGACAACACCCGCAUCCAGCAGAGGAGAGAGGAGGCUAGGAAGCGCAUGGAGAAGGAGAAUUCGCUGAAGGAACUCAGUGUUCCUCAAGUGAUCGGAUCUGUGAACGAGGCAUGUGAUUUCCAGGGAAGUGACACGGUGACAGAGCCGGCGUCAAAGAAGCCCUCAGAAAUCCCAAAAGCCUCUGGGGCUGAUGUGGCAGAUACCAAGGAGGAAGAAGGGUCUCAUGACUCCUCUCAUGAGGAGAAAGAUGGCUCAGACGUGUUGGAUGGAUCCCAGCUGCCUCCCCAGGCUGAGACAACACUCCGACAGAGACCUGGACCGUGGAUGAGCCUGUGAACCGCCAUGCCACUGCAUGCAAUUCAAGCACUUCUACUAUAUGCUCAAUGUCGCAUCACGCUUCAUCAGAUUGAACAUGCUUUGGCAGAUAUCGAUUGACUCUAGCAAACCCACUACAGAUGCAUGAGAAUAUACUGUAUGAUACCUGUGCUCUUUUAGCUAACAAACCACUGCAUAUUGUCUUGUGCUGAGAACACUUUACCUCGUUGUAACUUUGACCUCUUCUCAUUUCUUUCUGCUUAUUGUCUCUAGUCUUAUGUUUUGCCAUCUUAGUAUCGAUGAUGCCCAUUGCAGGAGAUACUACAUUCCAGCUCUGGCUUGUCCAACAGUAUUGCCUAGAGGAAUUUGGCAUCAUCAAGGUGUUAGCCAACAUUUUAACACACCCUUUUAAAGUCAGUUGAACCUGCCCAUCUUUUACUGCUUCGAUGCCUGCAAGGUAGCAUUUUUUCAGCCAGGAUGCACACAUCCUGACAACUCUCCCAUGAUAAUACAAGCAGACAGAGACCAGUUGAAACAGUUGAAUCAGUAGACAUGAUUCUGUUUUUGAAUGUAGCUGCAGCAUACUUGAAACUGAAUCGGAAGUUGGUUGUUGGGUUUCCAAGAAUGUUUCACGCCCUUUUAACAGGAUACACACAAACAAGCCUCGUGAUAUUUGAACACAGAGGCUCUCUCAGAGCAAUUCGAUUUGGAAAAUGUGCCCCAAAAAAGGUGUCUUUGUUUUUAAUUACUGCCUAUAAAACAUGUGGGUUCAGCCUGAGGGACUUAAGGAAUGUGUUGCAUGUAUUAUACAUUUUCAUCUUGUUCUGUCUCAGUUUAAUGGGUGAUUCGUGGCAUAUUUAGUUAUAGCUGCAAUACUUUUACAAAGUUGGUGCUCAUUCCAUCAUUCUUUUGUAUUCAGUAUCUGUUACAGUGCAGUUUAAUCACUGCAAUUUAAUGUUGAGAAAAUAGUAUUUAUUGUGUUUUCAUAACAACAAAGCACCAAUAUAUUUUAGAUGGGUCUUUUAAGUAAUAUAAGUCUGUUAAUUAAACAUGUUUGUAUUAACUUUAAGGAAUAGUAUAAGAAGGAUGAGUGAAGUUACUGUUUUGAAAUACUGGUUGUUAGAGCAAAUACAGUGAAUGUGAUGCAGGAAUUGUUGGAAUGAAGCUCAGCCUCCACAUAUUUAACCUGCACUUCAGGGGAGCUAAGGGUUUCAGCAAGGUUGUGUAAGGGUUUGUGCAAGUUGUGUUGACGUAGGAUUCUGUACCAAAGAUAUUGUUGAAUAUGAUGCACUUAUUAUUUGUCAUCUUGUAUUCUGUAAUAUUGCAAAAUGCCCCCGAAGUUAUAUGAGUAGGUGUUAUUUAUGUGUUGAGCAAAUUAAAUAAACGUAGAGCAGUGCACUUCUCUU